AGCAACAACAACAACAACAACAACAGCAGCAGCAGCAGCCGCAACAACAACUACCAGCACCACCAAAGAAGAAGAAACACCAUGAGGCUAAAAGGGAACAGAAAGAGCAGAAUCUGCAGACUCUUAGCCCCGGAGACGGCAUCCAAAAACAGGUGUUAGUGAAGCAGAAUGCUACAGCAGAGCAGCUGAAACAGAGGAAGUCCCUCGCUGCAGCUGAGCGAGAGGAGAACCAGAGGAUGAUCGUGUGCAACCAGGUGAUGAAGUUCAUCCUCGACAAGAUUGAGAAGGACGAGAAGCAGGCAGCUAAGAAGAGAAAGAAGGAGGAGGUGGUCGAGCAGAAGCGCUUCAAGCAGAACGCCACCAAGCUGACGGCACUUCUGUACAAGCACAAAGAACAGCUGAAGGCCGAGAUCCUGAAGAAGAGGGCCCUGCUGGACAAGGAGCUGCAGCUGCAAGUACAGGAGGAGCUGAGGCGGGACCUGGCCAGGCUACAGAAAGAAAAGGAGAAGGCCCGAGCUGCUAUCACCCAAGCUGCCGCAGCAACAGUCAAAGCAGCCCCCUCCCACUCCUCCCAUCCUUCCCACUCGACACAUUCCUCUCACAGCAGCCACACAGCGACCUCGCCGUCCUCAUCCCAUAAACGCAAGAGGGAAGAGGAGAGAGACAAAGACCGACCCAGAGAUAGGGACAGGCACCACGACAAAGACAAGAAACGGGACAGGGACAAGGACAAGGACAAGGACAGAGACCGGUGUAAAGACCGAGAGAAAGAUAAAGACAGAGACCGCGACCGAGAGAGGGAGAAAAACAGAGAGCGGGACAGGGACCGAGACAAGGACAGAGACGGGGACAGAGACAAGGACCGAGAUUCCAGCUCAUCUAAACACAAGAAGAAGAAGAAGCUCUCUUCUACCUCAAAGGAUCACAAGAAGGACACCAAACUGUACUGUGUCUGCAAGACGCCCUACGACGAGUCAAAGUUUUACAUCGGGUGCGACCUGUGCUCCAACUGGUUCCACGGUGCAUGUGUUGGCAUCACGGAGAAGGAGGCGAAGAAGUUGGAGGACUUUGUGUGUAAUGACUGCAAACGAGGUCAGGAAGCGGCAAGCAACGAGGAGCUCUACUGCAUCUGCCGGACGCCAUACGACGAAUCACAGUUUUACAUAGGCUGCGACCGCUGCCAGAACUGGUACCACGGGCGCUGCGUGGGCAUUCUGCAGAGCGAGGCCACGCACAUCGACGUGUACGUGUGCCCGCAGUGUCAGUCGACGGAAGACGCCAUGACGGUCCUCACGCCUCUCACUGACAAAGACUAUGAGGGGUUGAAAAGAAUAUUACGCUCGUUGCAGUCUCACAAAAUGGCAUGGCCUUUCCUCGAACCAGUGGAUCCCCAUGAUGCACCUGAUUAUUAUCGCGUGAUCAAGGAACCGAUGGACUUUUCCACAAUGGAAACCCGUUUGCAGAGGCGACAUUACCACAAGCUCACCGAGUUUGUGGCCGACGUGACCAAAAUCUUCGACAACUGCCGCUAUUACAAUCCCAACGACACGCCCUUCUUUCAAUGUGCCGAGGUGCUGGAAGCCUUCUUUGUGCAGAAGCUCAAAGGAUUCAAAGCGAGCAGAUUGUCAGAUUCUUAAGUGGGCCAGUCUAGCUGGAGUCUGGACUGGAUGCCGGGGUUUCUUGUAAUAAUGACCUGGGAACGCUCUGUUUCCAGAAAAUCACAAAACAAACUCCAUGAAUCGAGAAAAAAAA